AUGCGCCUCGCAGCAUUCACUUCGCUCCUCCUCCCCGCGCUGGCAGCUUCUCAUGUCUUAAUACCUCGCCCAGCCAGCUCACCAGCGACAGCUAUUCUCCCAACUGCGACACCAACGAAUGUGCUAGCUUCCACAAUUAUUCUACCACCUGCGCCAGCACCGACAACCGAACCAAAUCUUGAACUGCGCGAAGUCGUCAAUGGCGUCGCCGGCGUACUGACUCAAUCCGAUGCUCCCGUCGUCAGCACCCAAUGGGUUGAGACCACCAUCAAAGGCGUCAAAACAUGGGUCGCCGUCAUCUACACCCAGACCUUCGCCCAAGUACCGGACCAGCUCCCAACGUACAUAGGCAAAGGCGAGAUCGGAUUGGGGACAUUGACGGGAAAGGUCGGGGUGACAAAGACAGUCGCUGCGGGCGCAAUAGGGACUGCGGUAGCGGACUUCAUCAUCUACCUCGCUGUCUUCCUCGCUUUCAACCUCGACCUCUUCUUCAUUAUCUUCAACUCCAACAUCCUCCUCAGCAGCGUCAUCACCGCCCGAUUCGGCCUCCGCUCCCCCGUCUUCCAUCUCAUCACCCUCGAAACCCUCAACAACAUCUACUCCAACUCCACCAACUCAAUCGCAAUCAUGGACUCCUACGCCGUAUUAUACCACCCCCCACAACGCCAAGCGCCCACUCCCCCACCUCACCCUCACGAUCCCCUCCUCCAACUUCAGCAUCCAGAACCGGUCCUACCUGGGCUCGCACCCCCCGCCCACCGGAAUCCUCAACCUAAUGCCCAACGCCUCGCCGUACCCGCGUCCAACGCCACUCCCCUUCUAGCGCCCAAAGACGCCCCUCCAAACCCCCCGCUCUUCGAGUACCAACCAUCCUCCCCCCUCCUCUCCCUCCCCGGCGAACUCCGCAACGAGAUCUACGCCCUCCUCCUCGGCACCCCCGGCUCGCUGCACCCCGCCAUCCUAGCCACUUGCCGCCAAACCUUCACCGAAGCCACGCCCCUCCUCUACGCGCACACCUUCACCGCGCACGCUUCGCUGCUCACCUCGCUCCCCUCCCUCGCCCGCCCCCCGCUCUCCGCCACCACGCCCGCGCCCGCCUACCCGCCCAUCCUUUCCGCGCCGACCAUCGCCCUCAUCCGCCGCUGGACGCUGACGCUGCGCAUCGACAUCGACCCGCGCUUCAGCGCCGAGCAGGCGCGCGCCGCCUUCAGCGGCUGCGAGAGCCUCGAGAUCGAGGUGCGGCAGAGCAGUUGGGGGGACUGCCCCGUGGAGCCGGCGCUGGCGCUGUUCGGGCUGGUGCGGGGCGUGAAGCGGGUUGUGAUCCGGGGGGUUGGGGAGGAAGGGGAGGGGUUUAGGCGGGUGAUGGAGGGGCUGAUGAUGAGUAAGGAGGUUAAGGGGGUUAGUUUACUGGGAGCAGGGUGUGGGGAGGUGCGGUGUCGGCGGUGUGGGUUUGUGGAAGUGAGGGGGCUUUAUUGA